AAACAACACUUCUACAAGUUCUAAAAGAGUUGUACAUGAGAUUGAUUUUAUAGCUAAAACCUUCUUCAUUUGAUUGCAAAUCCACGAUUUCAAUAAGGAAAAACUAAAAAUAUUCGUAAUCUUAAAAACAAUAGCAGUUGUAUCUUUAAAAAGUGGUACUGUUUCAAUCCAACUUAAAUAGACAACUCAAGCAUAACCUAAAAUUUAAUUUCUAUAUAUAUAUAAAUUGGUACCGCUUGUACACGUGACAUGUACAUUGUAGAACCUUCGGCCAGGUGGAACUUAAAAGGGUUCAUCUUUAAGGGGGAGCCGUAAGCUCGAUAUUGGUAGGCUUGGUAGCCCAUACCAUUUGUUUUUGAUAAACCUCUCUCCGGAUAGUUGCAAGAACUUACCUUUUCCCUUUUGAUUAUCGCCGGGAAUUUACAUCUUCACCAUGAAUCUCGACUGUAGACUUCUCAGAAAUAGAACCAUCAGGCAGUGACGACGGCCGGCCUUAACAUGGAAAAUAGAACCAUCAGGCAGUGAUGAUUAGCGAUAUGGUAGAGAUAUUUCAAGAAAGUAGAGGAAGAACACUGAUUCAGAGUAUGUUAGGCAUCUGGUUUAUGGCCUAUCAUAGUUCUGAAAGGGCGUACUUAAGGGACCUCUACCGGGCCUCAAAUUCACAACCGAGCACUGGUUGCUCAACUUACACCCAGAGUACAAUAGGCCCAGUCCAUACAUACUCUUGCUGCUCACGUCGUCCACCAUCGACCAUCACCAACGCUCUAAUUGCACUCUAAUUCUUCCCUCAAAACCCUAAAACCCUUCUGUUACCAUUGAAACUCCAUUGGUCCUUUGAAUAUCAGUGAAGAGGUAGGGGAAAGACAUCUUUUAUAUAUAUUGUUUUAUAUUAGCUGGGGAAAUACUAAAGCAAAAGGAGCUCUGAGGAAGUCUGUGUGUGGUUGUUAAUCAAUUGAACUGAUUUUUUGCCUUGAGCAGGGGAAAAAAUUGAGUGACCUUAUACUGUAUUUUUCAAUUUUGACGGUUGCAAAUGCAGAUGCAGUCACUACUCAGUACCCUCUUUUUGGUUAUUACAUCUAUGUUGUAUGCCAUCUUCUCCAAGUUAUCUGCCACCAAGAGCCUUUUUAGCAUUCCAACUCCAAAAAUUCAUUCCUAAAAAAUGGAAACAAAGUGUCAGGCAAGAAACUGAAAAGAAACACCCGCUGCCCACAUCAUAUAAUUAUUCCCAGGACUCAAUACUAGAUACAUCCACAAGUGCUGAUAUUUCUAUGGUGGAUUCCCUUCUCACAUCCCUCAAGGACUUUGCAAGCCAAGGCCAACUAUUCAAAGCCUUUAGAACUUUCUCUCUAAUCCAAUACCACGCUUCUAAUGACCUUAUUCUACACUCCUUAUCUUCACUUUUGUUAUCUUGCAGUAACCUCAAGUCACUUCCACAGGGUAAACAACUUCAUGCCUAUGCUCUCUCUUCGGGCCUCCAACAACAUCCUGUAUUGGUUCCCAAACUAAUUAGCUUCUACUCAGCCUUGAAUCUCCUUGUUGAUGCUCAUGGUAUAACUGAAACUUCAAAUAUUUUGAGCCCUCUUCCUUGGAAUAUGCUCAUCUCUUCAUAUGCUAAAAAUGGGUUUUCUGCAAAGGCUCUGUCCACCUAUGAACAAAUGGUGAAUAAGGGGAUCAGACCUGAUAAUUUUACUUUCCCUUCUGUUCUCAAGGCUUGUGGUGACGACUUAAAUUUGGAUCUUGGGAGGGAGGUUCACAAGUCUAUUGAUGCUAGCUGUCUCGAGUGGAACUUGUUCGUGCAAAAUGCAUUGGUUUCUAUGUACGGAAGGUGCGGGGAAGUGGAUGUUGCUCGUAAAUUGUUUGAUAAAAUGUUGGAAAGAGAUGCAGUAUCUUGGAACUCAAUGAUCUCUGGGUAUGCCUCAAAGGGUCUGUGGGGGGAGGCCUUUGAGCUUUUUGAGAACAUGCGAGAUGAGAAUAUAGAAUUGAAUAUCAUAACUUGGAACACCAUAGCUGGAGGGUGCGUGAGGACGGGCAACUAUAAGGGGGCACUCGAAUUGCUUUCUCAAAUGAGAACGUGUGGCAUUCAUUUGGAUUCCGUGGCAAUGAUUAUUGGUUUGGGUGCAUGUUCCCACAUUGGUGUAUUAAAAUUGGGGAAGCAGAUUCACAGUUUAGCAAUUCGUAGUUUUUGCGAUGGGUUUGAUAAUGUGAAAAAUUCAUUAAUUACUAUGUAUUCAAGGUGCAGGAACCUUGGGCAUGCAUAUAUUAUGUUCAGAUCGAUAGAAGCUAAAAGUGUGAUUUCUUGGAACUCCAUCAUUUCUGGUUUCGCGCACUGGGACCAAUCUGAGGAAGCCUCUUUUCUAUUUAGAGAAAUGAUUUCUUCUGGGGUUGAACCAAAUUAUAUCACAAUCGCAAGUAUUCUUCCCCUUUGUGCUCGAGUAGCGAAUUUGCAACAUGGUAAAGAGUUCCACUGCUACAUUAUAAAGCGAGAAGGGUUCAAGGAUUAUUUGUUAAUUUGGAAUGCUCUUGUGGAUAUGUAUGCAAGGUCAAGUAAAAUUUCAGAAGCCAAAAGACUGUUUGAUUUGAUAAGUAAAAAGGAUGAAGUGACCUACACUUCAUUAAUAGCUGGAUAUGGGAUGCAGGGUGAGGGUCAAGCUGCAUUGAAACUUUUUGAAGAGAUGAAAAGGUUCCAGAUCAAAGUAGAUCAUAUAACCAUGGUAGCAGUUUUGUCAGCUUGUAGUCAUUCAGGUCUUGUAAGUGAAGGUCAAAUGAUAUUUGAAAAGAUGCCUAGUGUCUAUGGUAUAACUCCUCGUUUAGAGCACUUUGCUUGUAUGGUUGAUCUCUUUGGGAGGGCUGGUUUACUAAAUAAAGCAGAAGAAACAAUCACAAGGAUGCCUUACCGGCCAACCCCUGCAAUGUGGGCCACUCUCAUUGGAGCAUGUCGGAUCCAUGGAAAUACAGAAAUAGGGGAAUGGGCAGCCGAGAAACUGUUGGAACUGAGGCCUCAAAAUUCAGGAUAUUAUGUGUUGAUUGCUAACAUGUAUGCUGCUGCUGGGUGUUGGAACAAACUAGCAAAAGUGAGGACCUCCAUGAGGGACCUGGGUGUGAGAAAGGCUCCUGGCUGUGCUUGGGUUGAUGCAGGCACUGGAUUUUCUCCCUUUUUGGUGGGAGACACGUCCAACCCCCAAUCAAAUGAGAUUUACCCUUUGUUGGGGGGAUUGACAAAGCACAUGAAAGAAGCUGGUUAUGUUGCAGUUGAAGAUUUUGGUCUAAAAGACGAUGAAGAUUUUGAGGAAAAUUUUGGGUAGAAUAACUUGUGCUAUGCAGACAUUCAUUAAAAUUUUCUUUUGAAUUGUCCUAUUUCUUGCCACACCAGUAUAAAGUUGAUCCAAAUGAAGCAAACUUGAGAGCUAUAGUUAGGGGAAAUAUUUUAGAAUAAUUUUUUCCCCCUACAUUGGGGGCCCAGAAUGCUUUUUAGAUGAAACAGUGCCUGGUUGGCAAGGGAGAAAACCACUGGAGCUAAACAUUGGGAGAGCCUGGUGCUAUCUAUGUUGAUGGGGCUAUUCACAGGUUGGAUCGUAAGGGUAUUUUUAUUUCAGAGGCUGGGAAUUCCAUUCUUAAUCUAUUGUGCAUUCCAUACAUGAAGAGAAAAUGAAUCAAUGUAACAUAUGGGAACAGCGGUUUCUCUAUCAGAUUCUCUGUGGUGUUGCUUAUUGUCAUUCUUAUAAAAUACUCCAUCGGGAUUUGAAACCUAAGAAUUUGCUCAUAGAUAUCGACAACAAGGUCUUGAAGAUUGCUGAAUUUGGAUUGGCUAGGGCAUUUGGUGUUCCUCUUAGGACCUACACUGGCAAGGAAAUAUGUGGCGUACUACGAAAGGCAAACGUACCAAGGGCUCCAUGACUAAUGGAACACAUGAGACACUACACCAGCAACCUCAUAUGGUCCAACCAAGUUCUAGUGGACAGUUACGGGCAUCCCAAAAUUGUAGUACUGCUGAAACUGAAGAAAAUACGAGGCAUAAUAAGAAAGCCAAAUGUAUUAAGGGUGUCAUGACUAGUGGGGCACAACAGUCACUUCAGCAGCAACGGAUUCAUCAGGUUGGCUGCAUGCAAACACAACACACUGGCUUUGUGCAAACUCUACAUACGAGUUCCAUACAAAAACAUCAAUUUUUACCUACACAAAACCAGUCUACCUCCAAUCUGGAACAGUCAAUCCCUUCUCAAAAUUGCAGUACUACUGAAACUGGAGAAUCAUCAAGAAUACAACAAAAGACUCGUGUUGACACUAGGUGCCCUGACAUAUGGGGCAGAUCUGAGGAAGAUUGUACGUUUGUUGCUUUUAAUGAAUUGGGGCAGCCCAUGGAGGAAGAAGGCAGAGUUUUGGGUCAAUUUCUGGGUACUAUAGCACGGAGCAGCGAGCUACUACCCUUGCAUUUUACAGAUUGGAGGAAUUUACCUGAUCGUUUUAAAGAGGAGGUUUGGAAGAUAGUCUUGGAAAAGUUUAUCACUCCAGAGUAUGCUAAAUCAUGGGUACUGAAAUCGACUGGUAGGAAAUGGGGUAACUUUAAAUCUAACUUGAAGAGGAAGCAUUAUAAGAAACAUGCGACUGAUGCAGAGUGACUGACAGAUCGUGAUGAUGGAGUUCUGCCAGAGCAGUGGUAUUACCUAAUUCAAUUUUGGAACUCAGACAAAGGACAGGAGCGUAGCAAUACUAAUACUAUCAGUUGUUCUAAGCAAAAAUAUACUCACACAGUGGGGUCAAAAAGCUUUGCGCGAAUACGCGAGGAAGAGCGUAAGAAGAGGCCUAAUGGAGAGGAACUAACUCGGGCAGAGAUGUAUAUACUAACGCACAAGCAGAAGAAUGGACGACCAAUGGAUGAAGCAUCUGCAGAAAUUAUUAAUAAACUUAAAGAAUAUGCAACUCAGCAACCAGAAACUUCAUAACGUGGUGCUGCUAGAGAUGACAUAUUUUCCCAAGUAGUUGGCGAAGAUAGACAUGGCCUGGUUCGCGCGUAUGGCUUGGGUCACUCUCCCUCAGAUCUUUGGGGCACAACACCUAGUCGUGUGAAGUCAAUGAAGAUGGCUUCAGAGGCUAGAAGGGCUUGUGAAGAAGAAGUGCAUGAUUUAAAAGAAGAAGUGCAAAAAAUGAAGCAACUAAUAAUUGGAUGCCGGAUGGAUGCUAGAGAUAACCAAAAUCAACCAGCUGCACAUAUUGAACAAUAUACCACUCAAACUGCCCCCACCAGUAUUCAUCAGGGGCAAAAGGAUAGUGGGUAUAACCCAUACCAACUAACUGCUCCAACUCAACAAUUUGUUACUCGUUCUCAGCCUAUGAAAAGACAGCAGGUCCAGAUGGAUGGUAGAGAUAACGAAAACCAACCCGCUGCUUAUACUGAACAAUAUUCAUAUACCACUCAAACUAACCCUAUCAAUACUCGUCAGGACCGGAUGGAUAGUGGGUAUAACCCACACCAACAAACUGCUCCAACUGAACACUUUGUUGCUCAUUCUCAGCCAAUGAAAAGGCGACAGGGCAUGAGUGAAGUUUUUUUGUUGAGUCUCAAAAAGCCCGAUGUCAUAGUAGCUCGAGCCUCGAGGAAUUCUUUUGAGUAAGAACCCACAUUCAAAAGUAAAGGGCAUUGAAUUGGGACAUCAUAAUUGGGAAGUAAGUGUUACCAUUCCCGUCAUGUGAGAAGAACCAUUACCUAUUGUUUCUACACGUUUCAAAACUAUUGGAGAAGCUGGAGCUAGCGUUUCUUGGUCUUUUUUGCUUAUGUAAAUAUAACUUCAAUUAUCUUAUUUUAGUAAAAUGAAGUAAUAAGGAUUUUCUUGCUAAAUGGGGUAUCAUAUUAGAUACAGUGUAUUGUAGAAUGUAGAUUACCUAAUUUUAGAUAAAAGUUUGGCUUUGAAUUCUUUUGCUUUGCCAAAUUCUGGUGCAGUGUGUACAGAUCAUCAAAACUUAUAGUUAUUCAACUUUGUGCCGGCCCAAGUGACUGUUCCAUGUAUGUGUAUCAAAAGGCAACUAGUGUAUGUCCAUAAGUUUCUUUUAGAGGAUGCCACCAAACCUGAAAUUGCAACCAUCGUGAUUAGUGAUUAGUUGUCAUAGAAUUAGGUUUUUCGGUUUUGUACUUGUGAUCAGCUGAAUCAAACCCAUUAGAGCUAAUAAUGAUCCUAAUAUUCAAAAUACCAAUUUGAAUGUGUAGAACUAAUUUCUGUAUUGUUGACUAGUUUCCUCACUUCUACAUUUUUCGUCUUCUUAUCACUCCCCAAUAAUGGAUUUUUUAUUUUAUUUUAUGUUUAGUUAAACACAUUGCUGUGUAUAUAAAUUUUCAGUAGUUAUUGGAUUUGUUGAGAUUCAAUUUGCAGCCAUGUUUAACAAUUUUUUUGGGCAGGCCACAAAUUGGUCAAGUUCAAUGAUAAAAUAUGAUGCACAGGAUUAGUAGAAUGAAAAGGUUAGUAGAUGGAGUUAUCAUUUUAAUUUACUUCUAUAUCCUGCCAUUUGUUGUCCUUGGCCUAGACCAUAGCUUAGUAUAUAAUCACACAGCAUUUCAUCUGCUAGAAUUAAGCUUUGAAUUUCUGAUUGUAGUAGAUUCGAAAUUAGAUGAUUAAACAUAAAUGAUUCUAAGCCACAAUUGGCGCUUGUUACGUGUUUUCUUUAUUUUAUUUUAAUUUUUUAAGUGGCUGUUACUGGGUAUGCAAUUUUGUCAUUAGUUAUUUGUAGGAAUUCUCUAAUAGAGACUUUAAUUUAUAAAAGCCACAUCUGAUACACAGAUAGUAGUGUUGUAAAGCAGUGUAACUUAACAUUUGGCUGAGUUCAAUGUCGUUGUAGUCGAUUGCUGUUUAUCAUCCAGUACAUGUUCAAUGAUCUUUGCAACAAGCAUUUGGCCUUGAGGCCAAAAUCUCAACAAAUGUCUAGUAAAUUCUCUCUCUAUCCAUCUAAACUGCUAGUUAUCAAGUACUGUGUUCUUACUUAUUUAUUUAUUUGCUUUUUAUAGUAAAUUUUCUUUGGAUAGAUAUGGUUUCCUGAGACAAUUUUGGUGGAUUUGAUGCUUAGUUAAUCUCACAAGGACAAAUUAAUUCUAGAACUCUUGUAGUUUUAAAUUUAUUGUUUAAUUUUCAUACAGUACCAUGUCGAGGCUGAAGCCAAGAAAAUAUUUAUCUAUGUCCUGAAGCAAAAAAAAAUUUACUAACAUUCUCUUUGAAAUCCUUCAUUUUGAAAAUAAACUGAUAGCUGUAUUGCUGGAAACAUAAUUAUUAGAUUAUAUUAAAAAUGAUAAUUAUCAUUAUAUCUCAAUUUGUCUUUUUGAAGAAAUUCUCUAUAUUUUGAACCCUUAUUAUGCUUUUCCUUACAUUAUGCUAAGAAAUGCUACAUGUCUGAUGUUCAAGAACUGUUAGACAAGCGUCCUGAAGUAUUGAGAAAUAUCCUAUACAUGGUCAUUGAGAAGUAUCAGAUCCGUAAUAUGUGUUCAAAACAAAUAUUAUGAAUUUGUCAAUAUGUUUUAGAAGUUUUUGACACUUAUCCGCGAGUAUCGAAGAAGUAUUAAUAUCUGAUACUGAUAUGAUAUAGAUACAUAUCCCUUAUAGAAGUAUCAUGUUUUUUUGGUUUCACAGUAAAGAUGCUUUUGUGGAAACUACCGGUACAAAUAAAAAAACUACUGGUAUAAACUAUAAAGCAAUUCAUGUUUUCUCCUCAUUAAUGGUAAUAUAAGUCACUGCUUCCAUAUGAUUCAAAUUGCAAAAGCUACCCUGAAGCAUGAGAUCUGGUAUUGUCUGGCACAUCAUUGUUCUGGUCAUCUUUCAAUGAGAAAGUGCUUCAAGUAGUUUAGGUUAUGUUGCUUUGUUUGAGCUUAUUUUUUUUCUUGAUAUAUACAUUGGUAAGUAUAUUUUUUCCUUUUGUGGAAUGAAUAAAACAGACAAUCAUUGAUGCUGCCAUAAAUUAAGACUUUAAGAGAUAGAUUAAGCAAAUGCCCCUUCAAGUGCAAGGCUUAUGGAUGCCAUGUUACUAGUUUCUAAUACAAUUGUGACUUGUGGUGAUUUCUAUUCAGACCAUAAUCGAAAUGGUAGAUUAAAUAUUGAUGCAUAUAUACAUAUAUAUAUAUAUAUAUAAACUGCAACAGAUCUCAUGGUUUAAUUUCUGAUAUGAAAAACAGAUCUCAUAGUCUCUCGCUGUAUACAUCAGAUUUCAUAGUUUAAUUUCCGGAAAGAAAAACAGAUCUCAUCUCUCUACGUGUAUACAUAUAUAUAUAUAUAUAUAUUCAUACACAUACACAUUCAAUAAUAAUUGUUGGUUUCUAAGACGUUAAAUGUUUUAUUUUCAGGUUGUAUAUAGAGAAGGAUGAUACUUGGUGGAUAACAAAGAUGAUAACUAGAUGAAACUCAUUCUUAGUUGACUAGAUCUUUAUUUUUCUUGAAAAAUGGUACUAGUUGGGCAGUCCAUGUUGUACUUGUUGAUUGAUAGAAGGUGUCAAUAGAAAUUCAUGUUCAAAGGAAAUUUUUAUCUUUGUGAUACUCACACAUGCACAGUUGUAUGGCCUAAGAAAUAUGUGAAAGCAAUUGGUCAUUUUUUUUCCCGAAAACUAGUGAUUUACAUACAAUCUGAUUUUUUAUAUACUUGUUGCCAUUACAUUUAAGAAUAUUGUUUUCUGACGGGAUUAAAACCUCUAUGAUUUGAGUCUACAACAUGACAGCUUUGGCCCAGACUUAUAACAGGUGAGGUGACAUUUAUAUUCGAGUCUACAACAUGACAGGAUUAAAACCUCCAUGGUGUACUUCCUUCUUUGAUCUUGUAGAAUGCACUUGCAAGAUAGGCCUUGAUUUUUUUCAAA